AUGUAUAAAAUCCACAGCACCGGUGGAAGGGAGGAAGAGGGGGGUAAGAAGCAUCACCACUUCCUGCGAACCGCCCCGCCACGCCUCGCGGUCUGUGGAGCCUGUCGGCGCGUGGAAGGCGACGGCAUCCACUCGUCGUCGGACGCCGAGGCGCCGGGACUGCUUCCGGUGGACAUGCGCUCGUCCGAGGUCGAGGAUACGCCGUCUUCACCUUCACCCGUGUGCACCCGCUUCCGGCGUUGCGAGGCCGCGCUCUGCGCCGCUGGCUGCCUCGGUCGACUCCUGGAAGACCUGGAUGGCUUGCUUCGCUCCGUGGACUGUGCGGUUGUCGACGACUUGGGAGGCGGGGCCGGGGUGACACCCUAUCGACACAAAAUCUGGGUGAGAAUGACUGCUUCGGCGACACUGUCAUUCAUUCCUUACGUUGCCUAG